GUUGCGGGAGGCCAAUUCAUUUUUAUUCAACGUACGGCGCCAUUGCCUUUGUUGCUGUAUACCUCUCAUCCUCUCUUUCUUUCUCUUUCAUUUCAUUUGCAGGUAAUCAACCCAUCAAAAAUUUCCCACCAUUACCACUCUCAUCGUUGCUUUCUUGCUUGCCAUGGUGGAGUUAUAUUUGUAACCCACCAUCCCCUCUGCAGCGUGCCAAGAAAGUGUAGAAAUUUGGAUUGGGAGAUUCUUGCCCUGCAAGAUUUUGAACCAUUGGAUUAGGAAUUGUUCCCUAUUCGAUGGGGAUAUCAUCAGACAAUGUUCAUGGACUUGUUUUGGCCGUCUCAUCGAGCAUUUUUAUCGGGUCGAGCUUCAUUGUCAAGAAGAAGGGUCUCCAAAAGUCUGGGCUUAAUGGAACCAGAGCAGGCGCAGGAGGACAUUCGUACUUGUAUGAACCCUGGUGGUGGGCUGGGAUGAUAACUAUGAUUGUUGGGGAGGUAGCUAAUUUUGCCGCCUAUGCAUAUGCUCCUGCAAUACUUGUAACUCCCUUGGGAGCUUUAAGUAUUAUUUUCAGUGCAGUGCUAGCACAUUUCAUUUUAGAAGAGAAAUUGCACAUUUUUGGUGUGCUUGGAUGCGUUCUCUGUGUGGUGGGUUCUACGAGUAUUGUUUUACAUGCUCCACAAGAAAAAAAUAUGGAAUCUGUGAAGGAAGUAUGGAACCUUGCGACAGAGCCAGGUUUCCUUGUCUACACUUGUAUAGUCGUCGUUCUAGUCGUCAUCCUUAUUCUUCGAUAUGUGCCGCUCUAUGGACAUAGCCAUCUGAUUGUAUAUGUUGGAAUCUGCUCUCUCAUGGGCUCUCUAACGGUAAUGAGUGUGAAAGCACUUGCGAUUGCGUUAAAGCUUACAUUUUCUGGAAUGAAUCAGUUUAUCUACUUUCAGACCUGGCUUUUUACUUUUGUUGUGGUGGUUUGUUGCCUUCUACAAAUUGACUACUUAAACAAGGCAUUGGACACCUUCAACACAGCCGUUAUAUCUCCCAUCUACUAUGUCAUGUUUACCUCACUCACUAUUCUUGCCAGUAUGAUCAUGUUUAAGGAUUGGGACUCACAAAAUGCUUCUCAAAUUGUAACCGAGUUGUGCGGCUUCAUUACAAUUUUGUCUGGAACCUUUCUCCUUCACAAAACAAAGGAUAUGGGAAGCAGUGAACCCAUAGAGCCUCCUGUGUUUACAAAUCAAAAUCCCAGGACGAACUUCGAAGCAUCUUCAUCUCACCUUUCGUAAUUGUAAUUGUCCCCGGAAAAACAUUAUCGACUUCAAAGCACGACGAAGCUUCUUCACACUCGACCAGAAAAGUUGAACGGAUUUUUCACUUGAAGGCUAUUCUUGAUUACAAGUAAGCAUGUGACUGCAAGGCGGAUUUUGUUCAAACUUGAAGAUAUAGGGAAUGCAAGAUGAUGAUACACGUAAAUUACUUUUAAUACAAAGUGACAGUUUCCUCUCUUCAUUUUAUUUUCUGGUUAUUUUCUUGGUGUAAUUAGAUUUUGAACUAUCAUGGAAUUGCAUGAGAAAAAAAAUGGUCAUUAAAUGUGAAGGAUUUACUUUGCAACCCAAAAACAAAUUUAUUGAAUGCUAAUACACAACUUACUUUGAAGCUUCAGUAAAAUGUUCCAGUCAAUAAUCAAUAAUUAAUACAAUUGUUGAUUGAAUGAACUCUGCUUC